AUGAGGAGAGAACACACUCUCACAGACGAGAUGAGGAGAGAACACACUCUCACAGACGAGAUGAGGAGAGAACACACUCUCACAGACGAGACGAGGAGAGAACACACUCUCACAGACGAGACAAGGAGAGAACACACUCUCACGGGCGAGACGAGGAGAGAACACACUCUCACGGACGAGACGAGGAGAGGACACACUCUCACAGACGAGACGAGGAGAGAACACACUCUCACAGACGAGACGAGGAGAGAACACACUCUCACAGACGAGACGAGGAGAGAACACACUCUCACGGACGAGACGAGGAGAGAACACACUCUCACAGACGAGACGAGGAGAGAACACACUCUCACAGAUGAGACGAGGAGAGAACACACUCUCACGGGCGAGACAAGGAGAGAACACACUCUCACGGGCGAGAUGAGGAGAGAACACACUCUCACAGACGAGACAAGGAGAGAACACACUCUCACGGGCGAGAUGAGGAGAGAACACACUCUCACGGGCGAGAUGAGGAGAGAACACACUCUCACGGGCGAGAUGAGGAGAGAACACACUCUCACGGACGAGACGAGGAGAGAACACACUCUCACGGGCGAGAUGAGGAGAGAACACACUCUCACGGAUGAGACGAGGAGAGAACACACUCUCACGGACGAGACGAGGAGUGAACACACUCUCACAGACGAGACGAGGAGAGAACACACUCUCACAGACGAGACGAGGAGAACACACUCUCACAGACGAGACGAGGAGAGAACACACUCUCACAGACGAGAUUAG